AGCCUCUAGCGGCGCGACGACAGAACCUGUACGUUAGGUCAUGCACUUUUGACGGUAACGUAGUUUUCGUUGCAUAGUUUGACUUGGAAGUAUGGUGAUAGGGAUUAUCAUAGUACACUGCUAAUAAGCUGGUUUGUGUUGGUACUUUUCUUAUUUAUGUAAAAAAUAAAGAUACUAGAUAGGUUGAACCUACCCAAUCUUUCUAUUUUGGGGAAGCCACGGCUUCUCUAUAGUGGCCAUAAAAAAUUUUGGGGAAAUGGUACAAAACUCCCCAAAAAUUGGGGGAACCCCAAAGUCGGGAGGUUGGGUACAUAAUAUAAGGACGUAUAUAUAUAUAUAUAUAUAUUUGUGAUCCAUAUGAGGGUUCACUUCAGCCUUUAGAGAUUAAUCAAUUGAUCAUACUAUUGCAAUGUUUGUUACAUACUUACGCAGUAUAUUAGGUAUUUAUACUAAUAGUGUAAUCACUAGCGUUUUGCUUGAGUCUCUGAAAAGCAAUUAACCUACUGACUGUCGGCCGUAUGAACUUUUUGAUUUGACCUAUUAAGAUCACACUUGGAGCACAAUGCAGUAGUUGCUGAACGAUAUGACCUAUUGUUAACAGUUCGUAAUUACUGGGUUAGUAUGUCUUCUCACUUCACCUAUUUGUAGCAGUUAAACUGGAGAAGCCUUAGCUGCCAAAAGUAUACCAGCUGGUAAUAGUUGACUUUCAGUAUUGACAUUUGUAUCUACAAACUUAUUUACAAUAGGUAACAGGACUGCAGUCCCUUCUGUUUGAAUCUAAUUUCACCAGUUAAUACUUCUUGUUCGUCCUAAAAUAGCAAAUUUCAUGCCGUUCAUCUUUUUCGUAACGCAAAUCCUGUUUCCCACUGAUAUAAGAUUUCAGAUUCGUGUAGAAAGGACAGAACACAUACGGCCUAUGUUAUUCUUUUUCUAGUAUGCUUCUGUGAGUGUCUAGUCUUCUCUUGAAUGAAUCAAUUGAAGAUUCACACAAAACUGCUUCGGGUAACAGGUUCCAAGAAUUGGUGGCUUGAUGCGAAAACCUGUAUGCCACCGGUAUUUUGUUCGUUUUUGGCUUUUCUACUUGCCUGCUAUGUCCUCUGAGAUGCCUCAAUUUACUGGAAAAUAAGAGAAGAUAUAUUGGGUCCAAAAUCAAUUCUUAGGAUUCCAUACAUUAAAAUCAGAUCACCUUUAAAUCUGCGAUAGGAUAGAGUAAAGAGGUAUAGCUUUUCAAACCGCCCUUUGUAUGGUAAACCCUGGAGUUCUGGAACUGUACAUGUAGCUGCUCUGUGUAUUUUUUCCAGGAUAUCCAAGUCACAUCUCAAAUAGGGGCUUGCAGCCUGAACGCAAUUUUCAAACCUAAUUCUUACUAAGGUUGUGUAUCCUAUAGUGAAUAUGAUAGUAUCUAACUUUGUGAAGUCCGGUUUAAAGCCCAUAGGGUUCUAAACCCCUUAGCUGCAACCCCCCAGCAGUGGGCCGCAGUCUUAAGAUCAUGACUCACCGUCACGUGAAGAUCCUUAUGAGGUUGGACCACGUGUACAGGCACUUCCUCUAUGUUGUACCUAUUUACCUUUAUAUCCCCGAAGUGUAUGUUGGCACACUUGGCCGUGUCGAUAGGUAUCAACCACUCUCUAGACCAGCUAAUCACAAUAUUUAAGUCUGCCUGAAGUGCGCAUGCAUCUGCGUCUCCCGUUAUUUCUCUCCAGAUUUUUACAUUAGCGUAUAACAACAUUGGGGACUGUGUGGCGCAUAUGUAUCUGGUGCCCCCUUGUACCAAUAUGUGUACAAAUAAAUAAAUAAACAUUGGAGACUCAACUAUACUUGGAAAGUCAUUUACAUACCUUAUUAACACAACAUGAUGAACACCAAAUUCAUAGAACUAGUUACUUCAGUGGCAGUAAAAUAUGAAAGAAAGAUUGUGUAUAAGGAUAUUAUACAGAAAGAAAGAAUUAGUUGGUAACAAGAAAGAUAUAAAGCAAUUUUAGUCUCACAGUUUAAGGGAAAACAGAGAGUGUAUACACCGACAUUAUUGUGAUCGGUUCUGAUCCAUGUCACCCAGAGUCUCCAACCAUUGGUCACGAUAGUCACGCGGAUCCCAACCGAGUAAUCUGCAUCCACCAGCGUGGCUCAGACUAGAAGUUAGUGACUUCAGACACUGAUGCCACGUUUUGGUUUGGCCGCCCCUAACAUCCUUCCAGCCAUCUCCAACACUUGUUAGGAUUGCGUGUCGUGGUAAUCGGUGUUCAGGCAUACGUAACACGUCGCCCAACUAUCUCAGUCAGUGAAGAUUUACAACCUCAUCCACUGAUUUACCACCACUCCUUAAUACCCUGCGUCUAACCUCACUAUUACUUGCCCGCUGAUCCCAGCAUAUGCGAGCAAUAUUUCUAAGACAUUUGUGAUCAAACACUAGCAAUUUACGAGUAUCUUCUACUCUUGGUGGCCACGUUUCGCAGCCGUAAAGUAGAAUAGAACGAACUGCUGCACAGUGUACUCGUCUAUUAAUUGAUGGACGGAUGUCUCGCCUUCCUCAUAGGUGACGUAAGUUCGCAAAAACCAAACCAGCUUUCUGAAUCCGCUCAGAGAUUUCUUCGGACACCAACCCAUUAGGGUUGAUAAGACUUCCAGGAUAAGUGAAGUUGUCAACGCGUUGGACUACUUCAGUCCCUAUCGUUAGUUCAGGUGUUGACGCAGGCUAGUGCUGGAGCAACAAUUUGCUUAUAGAUGGGGAGAAACACAUCCCAAACAUCCUGGUAUUGUUGUUGCAUUGUUACAUACAGUAUAAAAAGUAAAGGGCGUAGAACAGAACCUUGCGGUACUCCAAUAAGUACUGAUCUUCAAGUGGAGCACUUGGAAUUUACUCCUACUUUCUGUCUACGACCUACCAGGAAAUCCUUAAGCCAUUUUAGGAGAGGUCUAGCAGUCCCUAGAUUUUCCAGCUUCAAGAGCAGUCUAUUUUUUGGCACCUUAUGCUUUGCUGAAGUCUAUGUAGACAGUAUUCACUGAUUUUCCAUUGUUUAAAGCCUUUAUCCAUUGCUCCCUUGCUACAAAGAGAUUUGUUGUGCAAGAUAAUCUUUUCUGGAACCAUAUUUUUUGCUGUUUACCAAGUUGUUGGCUUCCACGAGUGUUAUUAUGAUCUUUUUGACUAUUCUUUUCAAUAUUUUAACCACAACACUGGCGAGGCUGACAGGUCUGUAGUUCGACGAAAGCUGUCCUGCUUUGUGUAUUGGAGUGACGAUUGUACCCUUCUAGACCGUAGGUAACACACCUUGGUCAAGUGACAUAUUGAAUAUCACAGUUAGUGGGGCUGCAAUAUAUUGUGUAAUUUUUCUCAGGAUUUUGGGGUGUAGUUCAUUUAGUCCCGUUGACUUUUCCGUGCUAAGAGCCUUAAGUACAUCGUUUUGAUCAAAGUCCACGUUGGGUAGACGGUUUGUUGACUUUGUAUUUGGGUCUAGUUCUUUGUCUAGAAGGGGCUCCUGAGUGGAAGCUGUCCUGAAAUAGUUUGCCAUAGCCUCUGCAUUUUGCUGAUCAUCUAUCAUUUCAGAUCCGCUCUCUUAAUUAGGUUGGGAAUCGAAUACUGCAUCCGUGUUCUGUAAUUUAUGUGCGAUAAUGGUCUCUCAGGCUGCUUGAUUGCAGAUUGUGCCAACUGCAUUUCAUAUUUUCUCUGAGCCUCCCGGAUUUUAAUUAUACACUUAUUUCUUACCGACCUGUAGCGUUCCAUAGCACUUGCUGUGUUAAGGUUGAUGGCAACUUUCCAACAUUUCUUCUUUUGUCUUAGUAAACAUUGAAUAUCCCGACCUAUCCAAGGAUGGCCGUGUUUCUUCUUCUUUGGGACUGUCCAGGGUAUAUAUGGUUGAGUUACCAGAUUUUGUAACUGCCUGAAAUGAGUCCAUGCCUCUUCUACUGAUGCCCGCUUGUGCUUUCUGUCGUAAUUCGGGACUUAAAUUCAUUCACUUGACUACAUCACAAACCACUUUUUUAUGUUACUUCCGUAUUAUUAGGUAGUUGCUUAUUUGGUGGGUUACCUUGUGUUCAACCGGCGUUUCUGUGAAAAGUCGCUUGCUGCUUCUUAAAACGGGUCGUUUGUAAAGGAAAAAUAUGCCAUCUGAGGAUAAAAAGAAAAAGGCUCAAGCGAAGAAAGAUGCAGUCAAAAAGCGAAAUCAGAAGCAAACGCGGUCAGUAUCAACGGUGUUAGAUAACGAGAGUGAUGUAAAGACUGAUAAGGAAACCAAUUCUACUUCGCAAAAUGGGUUAUUGUCUCAGUCUUCGAAUCACAAUCAGAUACGUGAGGAUGACUUCGUGGGUAGUGACGAUGAAAAUAAGGAAGUACAUCAGGCGUUGGUUGAAACCUUGGAAUGCUUGGAUCUUGUUAGUGAACGUGUUGCCGCUUAUCGGUCCGUUACUGGAGUCCUAGCUUCUCAUCCUGAGGCUAGAGAUGUGCAGUUUUCAAAUUUAAGUAUCACUUUUCAUGGAAAAGCUUUAUUAGCUGAUACUCGUUUGGAAUUAAACAAUGGUCGAAGAUAUGGAUUGAUUGGCUCAAAUGGUUGUGGCAAAUCUACUCUUCUCGCUGUAAUAGCCAAUGGAGAACUUCCUGUACCACCUCACAUUGAUAUUUUUCUGUUGCAACGUGAAAUGGCACCAACAAACAAAACUGCAUUGGAGUGUGUAAUGGAAGUUGACGAAGAACGUGUACGUUUAGAACAAGAAGCUGCACAAUUGGCAUUAGAUGAUGAUCCUGAAACACAUGAACGUUUACUAGAGGUUUAUCAACGCUUAGACCAUUUAGAUGCGGAUAAAGCUGAAGCAAAAGCAGCCGAACUUCUUCAUGGUUUAGGAUUUACCGCCGAAAUGCAAAAGAAAGAAGUUCGUCAUUUUAGUGGUGGUUGGCGAAUGAGAAUCGCUUUAGCCCGAGCUUUAUUCGUUCGUCCUGCAUUACUGCUACUGGAUGAACCAACAAAUCAUUUGGAUUUGAAUGCAUGCGUUUGGUUAGAACGUCAACUAGUCAAUUAUCCACGGUGUUUAGUUAUAAUAUCACAUUCACAAGAUUUUUUGAAUGGCGUUUGUAACCACAUUAUUCUGAUGAACAAGCAGAAAUUGACCUAUUUCGGUGGUAACUACGAUCAGUAUGUACGCACUAGGUGCGAGUUGGAGGAAAAUCAAAUGAAGCGGUUCAAAUGGGAACAAGAUCAGAUUGCUUCAAUGAAGGAUUACAUAGCUAGAUUUGGACAUGGAAACAAAAAAAUGGCACGUCAGGCACAGAGCAAAGAGAAAGUUUUACAGAAAAUGGUAGCUGGCGGUUUAGCUGAACGUGUUGAGGGAGAUAAGACUCUGACAUUCUACUUCCCUGACCCUGGAAAAAUACCACCACCUGUUAUUCAAGUUCACCAAGUUAGCUUUCGAUAUGGACCAGAUAAGCCUUGGAUUUAUCGUAACAUUGAUUUGGCCAUCGAUUUAGAUCGUCGCGUUGCUUUAGUCGGCCCGAAUGGUGCAGGGAAAUCAACUUUGUUGAAGUUAGUCGCUGCUGAGUUGGAUCCAACUGAUGGUCUUGUUCGCCGACAUUCACAUGUUCGUAUGGGUCGUUAUCAUCAGCAUCUACACGAAAUGUUAGAUAUUAACAUGAGUCCAGUCGAUUGGAUGAUGCAAUGUUAUCCGGAAAUUAAAGAACGUGAUGAUAUGAGAAAAUUACUUGGACGUUACGGUUUGUCAGGGCCUCAACAAGUAUGCCCUAUUCGUACAUUAUCUGAUGGACAAAGAUGUCGGAUUAUAUUUGCGUGGCUUGCUCAAAAAGCUCCUCAUCUUUUGCUACUUGACGAGCCUACAAAUCAUUUAGAUAUUGAAACAAUAGACUCACUAGCUGAAGCUAUCGAUAAUUUCGAAGGUGGUCUACUACUUGUUAGCCAUGACUUUAGGCUAAUAUCUCAGGUUGCAAAAGAAAUCUGGGUAUGUGAGAAUGGCACUGUAACUCCUUGGGAAGGUGAUAUUUUCUCUUAUAAAAAACAUUUGAUGCGAAGUGUUUUAAAUGAGUCUCAAUAG